AUGGCCACUUUACCAACUUUCGAACCCUACGUUCUCACUCCGCUCGAUCAUUGCGUCUAUGCUGGACACCUUUUCCCGGCCUUCGUCUUCCAGAUUGAAAAUCCAUCCUCAGCGAUUCCUACUCUAAACCUCGCGGUCUCACGGCUGAUGCACCUUCUUCCAUUCCUUACCGGAAAUAUAACUGCUUCUACCCAGUUGAAGAGAAAGGAGAAUGUGUUGGAAGUGCAACCCCCGACGCAGGAGUUUUUGAGGGAAUAUCCAAUGCUCAAAAUCAAACAUCACGACCAGUCAACCUCUUUUGCUACCUCUGGGUCAUAUGUGAGAACAGGCCAAUCAAAUAACGAAAGUUUUAUUCCAUUUCCUUCCCAUAUGGCUGGAGAGAGUAAAAGCCCUAUCUUCAGGUUCCAGGCCAAUAUUAUGAGUGAUGGGUUGAUUCUAUGCUUUGCUUUCCACCAUAUGGCAAUUGAUGGUAUUGGCGUGUUCAAUGUGGCCACAGCGCUUGCGACUUGCUGCCGCGAUUCUCAGGCUGAGAUUGGAUCUCUCCCCACUAGCCCACUACGCGAACAACAAAGUCGCCAAUCCAUCCUUGAAAUCGGGUCUGGUGCCAAAAACACUCAGCCCGCCGAAAUUGACUUAGGGGAGUACGAGUGGGACCUGGAUUCCAGCUCCGAUGUCGAAGAGCCAAUCAGCAAGACUAUUGCUAUUGAUGCAAGCAAAGUCGAACAAAUCAAAGCCCAGUGCCAGCUUCUGGUUGAGAAAAAUGCCACAUCAGCGAAGCCUUCUUUGACAAGCAACACUAUUGCCACUGCUUUGCUUUGGUUUUGUUGGAUACGAGCCAAAUAUCACGGGUCGGAUGCUGGAGAAAAGCCGACUAACACCGACUCGAGAAUUCUUACGGUAGUGGAACUUCGCGACAGAACGGAACCACGCUUGCCAAGUACCUAUAUCGGAAAUGCGCUUCUCGGUGUUGAAACAUCGGCCCGUGUCCAAGAGAUCGCGCCAGAAAUCACAGUUGACAACAAAUCAUCCUGUGUAGGCCAUCUCCAUCCACACGAGAUCGAGCAAAUUUCGAGCCUUGCCAUUUCCCUUCAAAACUCCGCAGCAUCAAUCAACAGUCAAUAUGUUCGCAACGUCAUCUCAAACAUUGUUUCCAGUGACAACUGGGCCUCAACUCCACCUCCUGCCGAAAUGUUGAUAAGCAGUCUCAGACCAAUAAAAAUGUAUGAUAUUGAUUUCGGGCCGAUCCUUGGCCCGUUGAAAGAUCUUUGCCUGGAAUUCAACCCUUUUCCAGGUCUUUGCUGGAUCAAGCCAGCUCGGUUUGGAACCAAGUUGGCACCCUGGGAAUUCGUGAUUUCUUCGGAGCCAAAAUUCAUCAAGAAAAUUCAGCAGGAAAGCUUGAUGAAACGGCUUAUCUUGAAAGAUGGACCCAGACUGUGA